AUGUCCGACACCGAAAUUGCAGCUUCUGACGUCGAGUGUAACGGUGAAUCAGUUGGAAAGCAGUCUGCUCCGUUUACCGAUGAACAGAUGCAAAUGGAGAUUAAAUGCAAGACAAGUGAUGGAGGGGUGAUCAAUGUCCGUGUUUCGCAUCUUCUUCAAAGCAGCGUUUUCAUGAAUAUGUGGAAGGAUUUGGACAUGUCGCCUAAGGACCUGGAAGAAUUCGAGUUUAAAGUCAAUGUUGAGACUAAUAUUUUCUCGAAAGUUGUUGAAUGGAUGGGAGAACAUAUUGGUAAGCCUGAUCCUCAGAUUGAAGAUGAUCCAGCUACACGUCAAAGAAAGGCGCUCACUUUUUCUGAAUAUGAGACGGAUUUUUUCAAGUAUUAUUAUGGAUGCCAAGCUAUGGCUAAUUUUAUUGGUAAUAAGACUCCAGAAGAAAUUCGAGAACUCUUUGGACUUGAGGAUGACUUGACGGAAGAUGAGAAGGCUGAUAUUCGGCGUAGGAAUAUGUGGUGUAACUAUUAA